CCUCUCUCAGACAAUCGCAAUCGCGCGACGCGGAUGGGAAGGAUUAUCGACGAUGACGAUGCACAGGACGAGGACCGGCAGAAAGAUCAGAAGCAAUCCGCUCAAGAAUCAUCCAAACCCAACACGACCGCGCAAACUUCGCGUGCUGGAGUGCUCCAACCUCCCCCGAGGUCCUCGCGGAACAACAGUACAGUGGCAGAAGAUCAUGUGCCUG